UCUUGAAUGUCCUUCUUUACAUUGUUCUUGACGGCACUUGUUUAUUUCUAUCUUUCUUUUCAGUUUGGUACCUGGUUUUUGACGUGUGUAGUAUUUCGUGGUUCAGAGCGUUUACAGAAAAGUAGUGUUUUGUUUUUUGGUUUUGUCUUCGCAAUAAGUUGCUUCUCUGCCUUUCUACUACUUUGUGAUAUUGCUGGACUAUUAUCAAAAAGUGUUGGCUCUUUAGGUUGGUUGGUCGUGGUUAGUAGUGUUACGAUGUUGGUGUUGGUUGUUGCUCCCUUUGUCCAAAUUUAUUGCUUGUUAGGGAGGCUUUUGAGUGCCUAUUGGAAGUUGUUGUUUUCCUUGGUAUUGGAAGCUUGCUACAUUAUUGCUACCUUGACAACUUCUUUCUAUGUGUUACCUGACAAAACCAGUGAUAACUACUCCUUUUCAUUUUAUUUUCAAGCUAUGACCAAUUUAGUAGCUUUUACUGGCACCCUUGUUUUGGGUUUACUUUCUGGUUCUUGUGCAAUUAGUGGUGCAUUUGAAUACUGGAGAAAAUGGACCAGGAAAGUUUCCGAAGAAGAAGUAAUUGAAAUCGAAAAUAAACUAUUCAAUGUAUAUCAAAAUAUUGCAAGGAAAAAGGAGUCGAUUGCGUUGCUGGAUUAUGAAGAGAAAGUAAGGCAGUGUGAAGAAGAAACCAGUUUUACAAAAAAUGCGUUGGAAUCUUCUGGUGGUCAAUCUCGAUUACGUUCUCUUAGCCGCAAGUUAUUGGCAGGGUUAGAAUCGUGGUCGACGAAUGCUGCAAAGCAAAGAGUUGGUCUACUUGCAGAGUGCAAAGCAAUGGAAGAAUUAGCUCGUCGUUUGUUUAUGGAGUGGAGUGAGAAAUGUGAAUUAUGGGAGUUUGGGCAACGCAAGUCAUAUCGCAAAAUGUACAAUGCAUUUGGCUUUGUGAUGAUGUGUUUAUGCGUGAGUCGCAUAUGUGGCUCAACUAAGAAUCUCUUGUACGGUUUGCAAAAUGAUGCCGAGGAUUCAGUGACGAUGCUGAUGAACGUGAUACUAAAGUUUUUUCGUUGGAAAGUCAAUUUAGCUUUGUUGUCGCAAUAUAUGACGUUUAUAUUUGCUAGCUGUCUCAUUUUCUCCAAUUUUCGUCUUGCUCUAUUACAAACAGAAAGAUUCUUCUGUUGGGUUUCGAAAGAGCCGAUAUGGCGUAAAACACAAGUGACCUUGUGGCUAUCACAAUCAAUAGCAGUUUAUUUACUGUCUUCGAUGCUGUUGAUUGGACAAAGCUUGCCAACAGAAUACAAGCUUGCCACUGGAGAAAUGUUGUUUACAUUUCAUCAAAAUUGGUUCGAUCGAACAUUUUUAUUCAGUUGUCUAGUCACGUUGUUGAUCAUGUUCUUUGCCUCCAAAUUUUCCUCAAGUAUUACUGACUAAUUUGAUAUUCUUAUUCGAUUGACUUCAUACAAGUAAUGAUGAAAAAGAAACGAGACUCGGUUAAAAUUUUU